CAUCCUGCUCACUAUACUCCGUCGCCGCUUGCUCCUUCCAGGGGACUUGAGAAGGGAAGAACAGCGUUGUCACGUCUGACUGGUUUUACGCACACCGCGUGGAUCAAGAUAACUCCAACUACUGAAGUUUGCAUGAUAUUGCGGGAAGACCAUCCGCCCGUGUGGACACCUUGCUGAUAUGGGCGUGUACGGAGAAGCGGGGAGCAUUUGGAAACCGGACUCAUAUCAGUCGAGUUCCUCCUCGCAGCCUCGCUCCGGGACACUUCCCCCUUUCCAAACCACAUAGAGGUCUACCCCGUGAUGCGUAAAUGGAUUCAUGUCUCUCUCUGUCCAGUUUCUGCAAGGCAGUGACAAUAAAGUUGAGGGAGUUAAACUCAUCACUCGAGCUCCAAAAAGCAACGUGGGCGUGAAGCACCUGGAGUAACUACAAAGGUGUCUCGAUUACUUCUAGUUCUAAUUUGGGAUUUAUUUAUUUUCUAAAAACACCUUUUUAAACUCCCCCCAACCCCCCAACCUUUCCAUCAACUUCCACCAGGUCAUUCCAUUUGAAUGCUCCUAAAGUGUUUAUUUCUUUUUCCGAAGUAUUAAAAAGCCAGCCAGGCGAGGAUGGACCCCGUCUGCGGGAAAGUGGAAACUGCCGGCGGCGGAACCGGCGUGAGUGCGAAGGCGCCCAAACAUCUGUGGAGGCAGCAGAACCAGCCGGCGCUCUCUCCGCUCCACCACGCGCUGGGGGGAGUGCGCAAGAACGACCGCGUGAGACAAAGAGGCUUUUCGGACACCGAGAGAUACCUCAACCCGAGGAACAUGGACCGGACUUACGCGGUGGACACGGGGCACCGACCCGGGCUGAAGAAAUCCCGGAUGUCGUGGCCGUCGUCGUUUCAAGGUCUUCGACGGUAA